UCUUACGCAACGUGUCUCUCGAUUUCUUGUCUUUUUUUUUUGGAAAUAGGAGCUCUUCAUGGCUAGUAAGUCUUUUGAGGAGGCCCUCGCGGCAGCGGAGAGAUUCGCAGAAGGUGAAAAUGCUGGAAAGAGAGGCCCGUGGGACGAACUUGCGUCCUGGUAUUGGGGUUUAUGGGAUGAGCUCGGCAGCACCAUCUCGCCGGAUGGCCAAUAUGGUCAUGGAACACAGCACAAUACGAUGUACAACACCGAGCACAACAUUGAUAGUGGCAGCUCAGCAACAACCGAGUCUAUAUCUCAAGGGAUGGGAUAUGGCUCAGGUCAGGAACAGCUAGUUAUGGAGAGCAGGCCAGGCAUCGACGAAAUGGAAGGUUUGAGCCAAGAUAACCCUUUUGACCUUCCCCCCAAAUCCUUUCGCGACGAGCUUGUCAUCCUCUACUUCAAGCAUGUGCACCCCCUAUGCCCAGUCUUUGACGAAGUUGAAUUCCAUAACGCCUAUUAUCGUAGAGGCGACAUGGGAUUCCUGAAAAGCAUUACCUUGGUGGAGUUUAAGGCUCUAUUAUUUGCGGGCGCGAUGCAUCUCGACUACGAGCAGAUAUGCAAAACAAAAUACGCCUCGAUAAUUGAGUGCCAUAGCGACCUUUUUGAAGCGGCCAGAAAAACCUAUCAUUCAUCCGCCAAAGAAUCGCCAAUUAGUCGUGCCAGAGCAGCCAUCUUACUUAGCUUCUGGAGUCCUUUCAGUGCCGAGGAGCAGUCGAAUUGCUACUGGGUCGACCAGGCAUUUAUACAUGCUCGGGUAGCCAUUCUGCAAGAGCUAGAUUAUGCACAUAUAUCCGUCAGUCCUGGGCGAAGGAAGAUUAUCUGGUGGUGCUGCCAGCUUCGCGACUCCAUGCUGGCAUUUGCUCUUCGGAGGAUCAAUCGCCUGCAUACAGAACCGUUGACUCAGAUUAUUGUGACCCCAGAAGAUUUCGGUAUGGAGUCAGCAGAGCCAUGUUUUAUGAGCCCUAUUUCCAAAACUCUGUCAAUCGACAACUUCAUCAAGCAGUGCGAGCUUAGUCGGGUUAUGGCGAGGAUUAUGAUGUUCCAAGGAAGACUGGGAUAUGCGAAAUACAAUGAUAGGCGUCGUAACGUCGAUGUCAACGAGAUCAUGGAGGUAAUAUCGUUUCAUUCCGAGGUCACAGCUUUGAGGGAGGACUUUGAAUUCUCCCUUGAUAUAUCUCGGAAGAUGUCCAUGGACAGGUGUGACGUGCCAUGCCAACUAUCCAAGAUAAUUGCAGAUUCGGUCAUUGCGGUGCUGUACUUCCCAUACACACACCUGAACCCUUAUAACUAUACCCUUCCGGCCAGCAAGUUUAUUGAAGGUGCGGUGCAGGAGGUCAUGGACUCGGCUUCACGUAUAGCCAGAAGCGCGGAGGAUUUGCUAUCCCAGAGCGAUAAUAAUAGCAUCCCACUAGCACUUGGGGCGUAUAUCACAUUCCCGAUUGUCCUCAAACUUACCCUGCUGGGAGAUACAAGGAAGCCCAGCGACUCGGCAAUAGAUCUGCAAGAGAUGCGCAGUCUCAUGAGAGUGCUCUACAUUCUCAAGAGCCGCUUUAGUGGUGGGCAGUUUGUUUCCAAUGUCAUUGAUGCUGUUAUCAAGCGCGUGGUUCAUGGGGGCGAUGACAACGAACCUGGGCGACUAUUAUCUCUUCUUCACGAUGCUGCAGGCUAUAUCCAGGAAGAUGUGGAUCGUGAACUUGUAACCAUUACUUAGGGUUGGGGUAGCAUGGGUUGGGAG